AUGCGGGCCACGCUAUUGGGGGUCGCCGCUCGCUCCAAGAACCUCCAAACAGGCAGUCCAGACUCGAACUCCAACAACGCAAAUACAAAUGCAAACAACUUCAAUUCCACCCUUACAUCUGCAAAUGCCACCCCGACUCGGCUUCGACCAUCGAGACAACCUCUUCGUCCGCCUCUUCAAUCUAAGGACGGCAAUGCCAUAAUGCGAGUUCCCCCCUUGACGAAAGGCAAUCCGAAUAACAUGCCCCCAUACGAUAAACAUAAUGCCUCGAGACCGCUCAUGCCUACCCUCGGUGCUUCCACAAAGACUGUCAAUCGACUGCCAUUAACUCCCAGAGUCGCAGGCUCAGCUCCUUCCAAUACCGGGACUUCGUCGUCGCGUCGAUCUGCGCGACCAGAUAAUAGCACAACACCGGUGGGGAAGGAGGAUGUCUCAACUCCAGUCUCGACAUUCCUCAGCCACAACGUUACUCCGAGAUCUGGAUCGAGAAGAGUGCGAGUCGAAAGUCCCAAUUCAACACCUACGGGAACACCUAAUGGCCUACAAUCUGCUCCGAAUGAUUUGGCUCGAGGGGCAGACACCCCACCGAUAUACGGAUCUGGACUUGGGAUUACGGGAAUCGAUAAAGAUGUGCCGAAGCGUCCAACAGUAUCAUUCAGUCCUUCGCCCUCAGACUUAGGUCAUGCCAAUGUGCAGGCUCAGAAAGAACCAGCGGAUUCCAAGUUCUUCUUUGCGAGUGAAGCAAAGACCGCUGCUCAACCAUCCAGACCGCCAUUACAGACCAAGGGCUCGUCGAAUUUCUUCUACGCAAACGGGGAAUGUAUUCCAAAUAGACCGCAGAGCUCAAGCACAUCUGCCGUGGGCUCAACAGCUGGGGAGGAAAGGUCACAGCCAAAAUUCUUCCAUGCAAAUGGAAUCCCGGAUCUUCAAUCAACCCCAUAUCUUCCACCACCUAAGCCGAGCUCUACCGUAUCUUCUACUUCUCGAACUGCAUCGCCUCGACUAGGAACACCGACGUCGAGCACAGCUUCUCCUCCCCAACGGCCAUCGUCUCCAUCGAAGCUCAACCAAUAUGCCUCUCUAUCCUCGAUUCGAGGCACGCCCCCAUUGCCAUCGCCUGUAACACCCAGACCACAGAUCUUAGGACGAGGCCAAUCGACGAACAGCAUUGUUUCAGCACGGAGGGCGAGCAUUGAGGCAGGACAGAGGUUGAGCCAUGGAAGGUCGUCAAGUGUGAGCUCGGCAGAUGGAAAACUUCCACCCCCUGUGCGCAAGAUUUCUGGCAGCUCGUACGAGUCUUCAACACCUGGAUCGCCGUUAAACUUAAUCACGACGUCUGUUCCUCUUUCCACGCCGGAAGAGGUUUCCGAAGACACGCCCAAGAAUGGUAGCUUAGCCACAGGGUUCAAAAGCCCCAUAAUAAGCCCGGUCAAAACAGGUCACUCUAUUGACGAAUUGAAUGAACUGGCUGCCAAUGCUCGGCGGGAACGGAAAGUGAUGGAUCUUGAGAUCACGAAUUCUUCUCUGGAAGCUAUCAACCGAACGCUGGAGAGGGAAAUGAGGAAACAGACUGCCGAACUUCGACGAUACAGACGGCUGAGUCGCUCUGGGCGACUGUCCAUAGCCACCACUACUUCUGUACGCACGUCAGCGGGUGGUGUAUCUGGCUUGGAUGGCGAUGGCUUUGAUCUGUCAGAUAUGAGCGAGGAGGAUCAAAUGGAGGAAACGGAAUCAGAAGAAGAUACAUCAGACGAAGGCUCAUUGAGCCCCAGUGCCAUGGAGGAGAGUGAUCUCCGGCACAGGAAGCGAGACGAGAAGCGCCUCCAAUUGGACUUAUCAAAACAUCAACAACUGCUUAUCGACAGCCAAAAGAUGAACCAGAGUCUCAAGCGCUGUCUCGGUUGGACAGAAGAACUCAUCAACGAAGGCAGGAAAGCUCUCGAAUACCAUGUGCGGGUCAGUGAUGUUGAGCUUGGUGGCCGAGUUCUGGCCCCUGAUGAAGUUGAAGGUGGCGAAGAUGCCGACAACGAAGGCAUGAGCGACAUCGGUGCGAGAAUGCUUCGCGAAGCAAGGAAAGCUGCUGCGAACGGCCUGGCUUCCACGUGGGCCAGCCAAGGACGAGAUGAUAGAGACAGUGGGAUUGAGCUCGAUGGUGCUCAUAGAGAGCAUAUCUCGAGUUCGGUUGCUACCUUGGGCUUAGAGCCGUAA